AUGCCAACAUUUUUUCCUGCUGUUUUAAAACAAUGGUGCAUAACGAUAAUAGGAAAAGGAUCUUUUGGUGAAGUAUUCAAAGGUUUUGAUAAGAAAACCAAAAAAGCGGUAGCAAUCAAGAUAAUUGAUCUUGAACUUGCUGAAGAUGAAAUUGAAGAUAUUCAACAAGAAAUAAACAUUCUUUCGCAAUUGGAUUCACAAUAUUACGGUUCUUAUCUCAAAGGCACCCAUUUAUGGAUUAUUAUGGAAUAUUGUUCUGGAGGAUCUUGUUCAGAUUUAAUGAAACCUGGUGCUUUAAGAGAAGAAUACGUAGCAAUCAUAUUACGGGAAUUGUUAAAAGGGUUGGACUACCUUCAUUCUGAACACAAACUUCACAGAGAUAUAAAAGCGGCAAAUAUUCUUUUAAGUUCUACUGGAGAUGUAAAGCUAGCAGAUUUUGGAGUUUCUGGACAGAUCACUGCAACUUUGACAAAAAAGAAUACUUUCGUUGGAACACCGUUUUGGAUGGCACCAGAAGUCAUUAAACAAUCAGGGUAUGAUUUUAAGGCUGACAUCUGGUCUCUGGGAAUAACUGCAAUCGAACUUGCAAAUGGCGAACCUCCUUACGCGGAUCUUCAUCCAAUGAAAGUUCUUUUUCUUAUUCCUAAAGAUCCUCCACCUUCUUUAGAGGAUAGCCUAUAUUCUAAACCGUUUAAAGAAUUUGUCGCUUUAUGUUUAGACAAAGACCCAAACAAC